AUGGACUUGUCGAUUUGGGGUGGUACGAAGGAAAUAGAGUCCUGUGAUAGUGAUUGCCUCGUUGUUCUAGCCUACUUACGACUUGGAAAUUGCCCUAUCAACGUAUCUGCAUACACACUUGACUCAGACACUACAACUCCUCCCUGCCUCGUGCACGGCAGCAAUAAAAUUACUUCUGUCCCCAAAAUUCUAAGCUAUCUACGAAGAGAGAACUAUGGUUUAGAAUACAGCCUCUCAGACAGCGAUUCCUCUAUGCUGGAGUCUCUUGUGACAUCUAUAGAGCGACGGAUCACGCCAGCAGUGCAGUGGUUCCUAUGGGCUGACCCUAGUGUCUACCAGUCAUACACUGCGAAAUAUUAUGGGUCCUUGAUGAAUUGGUUACGCGGCAUUUCUCGGUUAAGACGAUGGCGUGGGAGCAUACAAAUGGAUGCUGAAAAUUCCCAAAUUACUCACUGCACGAAACGGUACAACCGUCCCUCGGAUGUAGAGUCAUCGGUGAGUUUCCCUUUUUUUUAUUAA